GAUAGUGCCGCCACUAUUCCCGCCACAUCACCACAACGCCAUCUUCUUGUCUUGGGAAGAAAAGUGAUGGUCGCUUAUGAUAAGACAAAGGUCCAGGGAGAGGUGGAGAUUGCGUGGUUGCCUCCCAGUUCUUGACGAGAAGCAAUCGUCAGGAGCCAUCCGGUCUUUCCUUGGGAUACUAUCUCAACCUGAGAAACCACUUUUACUUUUUCUUCAUCCAAAUCCUCACAAUUUUCAAGAGCUCAAACUCAAAAGCACUUUCAAGCCCCACAUACAUUCUUUAGAAGUCAAACACCACCAGUCAAUAUGCACCAUUUCAUCGCAGAAUCCUACUUUGACGUUGUCACCAACGUCAAUGAUACUUGGGCUCGAGUCAAGGCGCUCCCCAACUACCGCGAAGAGUUUGGAGUCGCUCUCUUUCGCAGAAUGUUUGAAGUAGCCCCUGAUGCUUGGACUGUGUUUCCAUGGGGCAGGGGUAACAAGAACGAUGAAGAUAUGUUCAAGAAUCCUGAAUUCUUGAAGUUUGCCAGGCGCUUCACCGAAAUGCUUGACAUGGCCAUUGAUAUGUUGGGACCUGACAUGGAACUGGUGGAAGAGCAACUGACCGACAUUGGUAUCAUGCAUUCCAGAGUCGGAGUCGUUCCACGCCAUUACCCUCUGAUGGGAGCAUGCUUGAUUGAUACUCUGGCAGACAAGCUCGGGCCCGAGACAUUUACUCGAAGGCACAGAGAUGCCUGGGGUGCCACUUUCCAAUUCAUGUCCACCACAAUGCUGCAGGGUGCCUUUGAUGACAUGAAGCGCAAGCUGGAAGGUGGCGGCAAGAAAAAUGGAGGUUCCAUGCGUCACUCUGUAUUGUAGACUUCUAGACAAGAAGACAACACAAGGCAAGGCAGUCAGCCUGCCAGCCGACUAGGGCGGUGCUGCUCGGGCCCGCAGGAAGACGCCAAGGAAACCACAACACAGAAAUGAUCAGGUAUCCCCGUGCUAUACUCAUUUCAACACAAAAAUUUUUUGCAUUAGAAACAACACAACAUCCAUCCGUCCAUGUGCGUAACUUUUAGUCAUUCAAUCAAAAGCUAUUU